UAAAUUUUAUUACAAAUCAAUUUUACUAUACGAAUUUAUAUUAUAAAAAAAUAUAUUUUUGAUAAUCUUGACGUAGAUGUAUAGCACUCUAAUACACGGUAAAAAGAAAUAGAAAGGCAAUUAGGAUCCUCCCAUUGACUCUCUAGGCUCCAAUAGUCAAAGCAAAUAGGACCCUCCACCAUUACUAUCGUUGAUGUUAAACUUGCAAGAGGCUUGAUGAAAUGAUUUGGAAUUUUAAAAAAACACCGCGUUCCUGGAAACUGCCAGAAUUGAAACCAUACUCGCCUUAACUCUUCCCCUGUCAAAAAAAGAAUGCAUUGAAAAGUCUUCAAGUCAAGCGAAAAUCACAUCCAAACAGAUUCAUUUACUGCAUGUUUUAAAGUACGGUACCACGCAAAAGAGAGCACCUUCAUCCAUGCAAACAAUCCACUUGACAAUGAAAAUUCCUCUCUUUACUUUCUUUUUCUUCAUGCCCCUUCUAACGAUGCCCUCCAGCAUCAACACAGGUCUGGCUUCUGGCAGAUGCCGGAAAGAUCAGCAAUCCUUGUUGCUCCAAUUAAAGAACAGUCUCGAGUUUGAUCAAUCUGUAUCUACAAAACUAGUGAAGUGGAAUUCAACCCCAGAUUGCUGCGAGUGGCCAGGCAUAACUUGUGACGAGGGUAGUGGUCGUGUUAUCAGCCUGGACUUGAGCUUCGAAUCAAUCACUGGUGGACUUGACGAUUCAAGCGGGCUUUUCAGUCUUCAAUUUCUUCAGAGUCUAAACUUGUCUUUCAACAUCUUCAGCACAGCUCUGCCAGUCGGGUUUGCCAACCUCACGGAUUUGAUUUCUCUGAAUUUGUCCAGUGCUGGCUUUACAGGCCAGAUUCCAAAUGAUAUCUCAAAGCUGACAAAGUUGGUUAGUCUUGAUUUGUCUACCGUUUCCUUCCUUGCAGGUCCUGCACUGAAACUCGAGAAGCCUAAUUUUGCAACAUUGGUUCAAAAUCUCACACACCUAACAGAGCUCCUUCUUGAUGGUGUUAAUAUAUCAGCACACGGCAAUGACUGGUGCAAGGCCUUAUCAUCUUCACUGCCUAAUCUAAAAGUGCUGAGCAUGUCCAACUGCUAUCUCUCAGGCCCUCUUGAUGCUUCCCUUGCAAAGCUACAGUCUCUUUCAAUAAUUCGUUUGAGCGGUAAUAAUUUGUCUGCUCCAGUUCCAGAAUUCCUUGCAAAUUACUCGAAAUUGACUGCCUUGCAGCUUGUCUCUUGCCAGUUGAACGGAAUGUUUCCACAAGCUAUAUUCCAGGUACCAACACUAGAGAUCCUUGACUUAUCAUACAACAAAUUCCUUCAGGGUUCUUUUCCGGAGUUCCACCAGAAUCUCUCUCUUCGGACCCUCCUGCUCAGUAACACAAUUUUUUCGGGAACAUUACCACAGUCCAUUGGCGAACUCCAGAAAUUAUCCAGAAUAGAGCUAGCGGGUAACAACUUCACGGGACCAAUUCCAAAUUCAAUGGCUAAUCUCACCCAGCUGUUUUAUCUGGACUUGUCAUCCAACAUGUUCACAGGCACACUCCCAUCAUUCCGAAAGUCCAAGAAUCUCACCUAUGUAGAUGUCAUUCACAAUCAACUAACAGGUGAGAUUCCAUCCAGUCACUGGGAAGGCCUUCGAAACCUCACCUAUGUUGAUUUAGGGUACAAUGCAUUCAACGGGAGCAUCCCCUCAUCGUUGUUUGCAAUCCCGCCGCUGCAGGAGAUACAGCUUUCCAACAACAGAUUCGGGGGACAGAUUCCUGAGUUUCCAAACGUGUCUUCCUCUCUUUUGGUUUUCCUGGAUUUGAGCAGCAACAAGUUAGAAGGUCCUAUUCCCAGUUCUGUUUUUGGUCUUGCAAAACUCCGUGUCCUUGAACUUUCAUCCAAUAAGCUCAAUGGCACGGUGGAAUUACAUUGGAUUCAGAAACUUCCCAGUCUCACCACACUUGGCCUCUCGUACAACAACUUGACAGUUUAUGCAAAUGGCGGCAAUUCCAACAUGUCUUCCCUUCCCCAAAUCAAGAAACUAAGAUUGGCUUCUUGCGACCUGGGAAUGUUUCCAGAUCUAAGGAACCAAUCAAAACUCUUCCAUUUAGAUCUUUCAGACAACCAAAUUACUGGGCCGGUACCUGGUUGGGUUUCAGAACUUAGUCUUCUUCAAUAUCUGAAUCUUUCACGCAAUCUCCUGGUUGAUCUAGAAGGACCUUUGUCUCUUCCUGGUCUUAGCAUCUUAGACCUGCAUCAUAACCAGCUCCGAGGGAGCAUUCCAGUUCCUUCAUCAUUUAUUACCUAUGUGGAUUACUCGAGCAAUAAUUUCUCUUCCUUCAUCCCCCCUAACAUCGGUAAUUACUUCAACUGGACUUUUUUCUUCUCCCUUUCAAAUAAUCGCCUUAUCGGAGCAAUACCGCAAUCGAUAUGCAGUUCCGAAUGGCUACAAGUUCUUGACUUGUCCAACAACAGUUUGAGUGGAGCAAUACCAUCCUGUUUAAUUGAAAAGAUUAAGACUCUUCGCGUUCUAAAUUUAAGGAGAAACAACUUCGAUGGCUUUAUUCCUGAUAAAUUUCAAAGAGGCUGUGAAUUGAAGACUCUGGACCUGAGUGGAAACAACUUGCAAGGGCAGGUUCCAAAAAAUCUGGCCAAUUGCACUAUGUUAGAGGUCUUAGACCUUGGGAACAAUCAAAUCAAUGACAGCUUCCCGUGUCUUCUUAAGAACAUAUCGAGUUUUCGUGUCCUUGUUCUGCGAAACAACAAGUUCAACGGGCUUAUUGGAUGUCCACAAAUUGAAGGCACUUGGCCAAGGCUUCAGAUCGUCGACCUAGCUUUCAACCAUUUCAUAGGAAAACUACCUGAUAUUUUCUUGAAAACGCGGGAAGGAAUGAUGGAAGGUGGAAACAGAACCCUUGAGCUCAUAAAAUAUGAUCCCCUGAAGCUGACGGAUGGACUGUAUUAUCAAGAUUCAAUAACAGUCACAUUAAAGGGUCUCCAGUUGGAGCUGGUGAAGAUAUUAACCGUAUUUAUUUACAUUGACUUGUCGAGCAACAAUUUUGAAGGUGAAAUACCAGAAUCCAUAGGACAAUUAACUGGACUCCAUGUUCUCAACUUGUCUUACAAUGAUCUCACCGGCCAAAUUCCAUCAUCUGUCGGAAACUUGUCGCAGAUGGAGUCCUUGGAUCUCUCAUUCAACCACCUCUCCGGAGUAAUUCCUCAGCAGCUUGCAAGCCUGUCAUUCCUUUCAGUCCUGAAUCUCUCAUAUAACAGGCUAGUGGGAAGGAUCCCAACAGGCGCUCAAAUCCAGACGUUCUCACCCGAGUCCUUUGAAGGUAACCAAGGAUUAUGUGGUUCGCCUUUGAGUGACAAUUGCAGCCAUGAGUAUCCGCCUAUAGUUACCACUCAUUCAAAUUCUGGUAUAGAGAUUGACUGGAACAUCUUAAGUGCCGAAUUAGGGUAUAUCUUCGGGUUGGGAAUUAUUAUUCUACCUCUUAUGUUUUGCAAGAGAUGGAGAACAUGGUACUACACACAUGUUAAUCGUGUAGUUUUCAGAAUCUUCCCUCAACUGGAUAAAAGAAACAAGAAUCUUGGCAGAAGAGCUCAAAGAAGUAGAAGAAGGCAGUAACAUUGGUGAAGAAGAUCAAUGCGCGUGGUCGUCAAUUAUUCGUCCAAUGGAGCUCGCAGUUAUUGGAUAAAGGAGCAUCCAUGGAAGGCCAUCGAGCAUCAGCUGCCUAUCAGAUUUGAAGAAAUGCGACAUUUUCUUUCGUUUGGAGACCAUCGAGCAUCAGCUGCCUAUCAGAUGUGAAGAAAUGCGACAUUUUCUUUCGUUUGCUUCGUUUUUGUGACUGUGUAAUAAUGUGGACAGUAUCUGAGAUAUCGUGUUGUAGCCUAGGCCUGCUUUAGAUACCUGCAUGCUGUCAGGGCAUCAGAUUUCUCUGCAUUUUUCAGCUGAAGCCUGGAAGUUCCAUUAUUUUCUGGGGAGAAUCUUGCAGAAUUAA